CCAGUUGAUGGCCCUGGUCUCUAAAACUGACUCCUGCCCCACCCUCCAUGGUUGUAUAAUCUCUGGAAGGGAAGACGGAGCUUUCUCUGUGCUGCUGUUUUGAUCCACAGCAAUUUUGGACAAAAGGAGAAACAGGCAGAGGGGAGGAAGCGAGUGUUGCAGGCAGAGGGACCCAGACUUUGUCCAGAGAAGAGGCUCUGUCAGUCCAUCCGUCCGUCCGUCCUGAUUCUUGGAAGUGUUUGAAGUUUUGCAGGCUGCAGGAGAAAAAGGCGAUGGGUCUCCCCAACAGCCGACAGGGAGCACAGAAGGCCAUGCUUCUGACAGGCUUCCUCCUAAGCUGCAUGUUGCAGCUGGUGCCAGCACAGUUUCAACCCCAGUUGUCUUUGACCCCUGAGCCACAUGACCCUUUGGUGGGCAGGGAUGUCAAGCUGUCUCUGGAGGGCGCCCCCCGGCAGUUCGUGCAGUGCCAGUGGUUCCGGCAAAGCCGCUCGGGGAGAGCCGAGCAAAUCUUCACGCACUUUGGGCAGAGCCAGAGGCAGCCGGAAAGAGGCCGCGGACACACCGGACGGGAGACGUUGAGAGACGGCUGCUCCUUGUAUAUCACCAGAUUGACGCAGUCCGAUACAGGGAACUACACCGUGGUGAUGCAGAUCGACCAGAACCAGCAAACAGGCCAAGGGCAACAAUUUUUAGGGAGAAACUACUCGGUCUCCUAUUAUUUGCAUAUCUCAAGUCUCAUCUCCAUAAUCCUCAACCCACAACGUCCUGUUCAAGGUCAGGACCUCACCCUGACCCCACAAAAUGCCCCAAAGCAAUUUAGCUUUUGCCAUUGGCUCAUACUUUCCAGUCGUGGGAAUGAAAAGGUUCUCGAAUACAACCCAAAGGACAGAGACCAGCAGAGCUCAUCCCAAGACAGAGUGACUUUGAGAAGGGAUUGCUCCUUGCAAAUCAGGCAGCUUGAUAUUUCCGACACUGGCAAUUACACGGUGCGGAUCGAAUCUCCUUUGGACCAGCAGCAACAACCAGGGCAGGGGACUUUCCCCCAAGAACCUCAAGAAGGAAACAUUCAGGUGCACAAGGGACAGCUCUAUAUUGACGUCCUCCGACAAUCUGGUCAUGACCCCCAAAAAGGUCGUGCCCCUGGCUCUUUGACCUACAGCGCGGCAGUCGUCGCUGGGACCGUGCUUGGAUCGCUCGCCUGGGCAGACGCCCUGACGCCCGUCUUCUCCGGGCUAUUCUGCUCCCUCACUUCCCGGAAGCGCAAAGUCGUCCCAUGAAUGAUGAGUUUGGCGGAAAGUCCCUCACUUUUGCAAGCCUCGCCAUCUGGGAAACAGAUUCCCGAUAACCAGGAAGACCUCUCUGCCUCUUUCUAUGCAGUGCCAAGCCGUGGAUGAAGAAAUACCCUGGAUCCUGUGCAGACUUAUAGAUAAAAACUUUAUUUCAUUUCUGUUAAUACAAAAAAUAAUAAUAAUAAUAAUGUAAAGGUUUCUAAAACUUCUAUCCAGCAUUCGAUCAACUCAGCAUAGACUCAUUGGAAUUAAUAGGCAUGAUGAACUUAGGCCCAUUAAUUUCACUGGGUCUACUCUGAUGUAGACAGUGCACAAGAUGUGCAACUUACAGAAACUCAGAAAAGUAUA